GACCUCGAUGCUUUGAGCAAGUUAUGGUUAAACAAGUUUAGUCUAGAGUCAGGCAUUUCAUCGCAAUGUUGUUUGCUUGUGGAUUUAUAUUCGUUUGAAAAAAAUGUCUUGUUUAAUGUGGACGAGUUAGUGUUUGUCAGCGAUUGAAUAGUGUUAAAUAUUAGAUUACUUAUAAAAUGAAUGAAAACACAAGUAGUGAGAGUUGUGACCCCCUGCCUAUGCAGUCAACAAUAACACUGAACGUCACUGAUAAAGAUGUUUACGGCGAAGAUGCUUACAAUCCUUUUGAACAUAGGAAUGUUUUACACCCCACAUCGACUUUAGGUUCCUUCUUCCAUUUGCUGAAGUCCUCGUUAGGAUCUGGUCUGCUGGCGAUGCCCGCUGCUUUCAAGCACACCGGUCUAAUACCGGGCUGCAUUGGCACAGCGCUAGUCGGAGUGAUAGCGACACACUGCGUGCAUAUUUUGGUGACUACAUCACGAGAGAUUUGUAGCCACUGCCGCGUCAGUUCAUUAAGUUACACUGAUACAUGUGAGAAGGUUUUCAAGCACGGACCUCAUAAGUUAAGGCAAUAUUCUCAAAUAGUCAGACAUUUUGCGGAUUACGCGAUGGCCGCAGUGUGCUUGGGUGGUACUAGCGUCUACGUAAUAUUCAUCGCAAGUUCUCUCAAAGAUAUUUGCGAUCACUUCAACCCAAACUAUACGUUUACAGUGAAAGAGUAUUGCGGCUUUUUACUUAUACCACUCAUCGCCUUAACUCAAAUUCGCCAUCUGAAAUAUCUCGUGCCGUUCUCAUUGUUAGCAAACAUAUGUCUUUUGCUAACGUUUGUCAUAACUUGUAUCUACACAUUCAGCGAUCUGAAAGAAUUAUCAACGGUAAAACUCGCCUCGAGUCCUGCACAAUGGCCGUUAUUCUUAAGCACAGCAAUAUUUGCUAUGGAAGGUAUUAACGUGGUUAUGCCAGUUGAGAAUGAGAUGAGAAAACCGGAACAUUUCCUGGGUUGUCCGGGAGUUCUCAAUGUUACUAUGGUGCUAGUCGCCGUACUGUACGCGGUAGUCGGAGUAUUUGGAUAUUUGAAGUACGGUGAUGACGUCAAAGGAAGUAUCACAAUCAAUCUACCACAGGACGAAAUAUUAGCUCUGAUAGCAAAGGUAAUGGUGGCGACGGCAGUUUAUUUCACAUAUUGUCUGCAAAUGUACGCUCCGAUGGAUAUUAUAUGGACCCGUAUAAAGGAUUCCAUGAAACAGAAAUUUCACAACACCGGACAAAUAAUUCUUAGAACAAUCAGCGUUGCUUUAACAGUUAUCUUGGCCGUAGCAGUGCCGGAUUUGGAACUUUUAAUAGGCCUCGUAGGAGCUAUAUUCUUCUCAACUUUGGGCCUGUUUAUUCCGAUAGUCGUCGAAACCGUGCACAAAUGGGAUCGGGGCUUGGGAAAAUUCAAAUAUAUUCUUUGGAAGAAUACAUUGCUAUUGUUGUUCUAUUUAUUAGUUUUAAUUUCUGGAUGUUAUUCAUCUAUAAAAGAGAUUAUAAUAAAGUACAGUUGA